CGCACGCACGCACAACACACACACCGCAAGCAGCCCGCUCCACAACAACAACACGGACAGACGGCCUGUCUCCGGUGAUCGACCUUUCUCUCCUCCCGUCGCCAUGAAAUGAGGGGAUCAUGGGGGCCAAGGAGUCGCGGAUCGGGUUCCUGUCGUACGAGGAGGCCGUGAAGAGAGUCACUGAUGUGGAGCUGAAGCGGCUGAAAGAUGCCUUCAAGAGGACCAGCGGACUGUCCUGCUACAUGACCCAGCAGUGCUUCUUCAGGGAGGUGCUGGGAGAUGGCGUUCCCCCCAAAGUGGCGGAGGUGAUCUACUCCUCGUUCGGAGGAUCCUCCAAAGGCCUGCACUUCAACAACCUGAUCGUGGGCCUGGUGCUCCUGACCAGAGGGCGCGAUGAAGAGAAGGCCAAGUACCUCUUCAGCCUGUUUGCCAGUGAUCUGGGUGGAUAUGCUGCCAGGGAAGACAUCGAGGCCGUCCUGCAGGUCCUGGACGGAGAAGUCCCCGUCUCCAUCAAGAAGUGUUUCACCGAGGGGGACAAGGUGAACUACGAGCGCUUCAGGACCUGGCUGCUGCAGAACAAGGAGGCCUUCACGCUGUCCCGCUGGCUCCUGUCCGGAGGAGUGUGCGUGACGCUGACGGACGACAGCGACACGCCCACCUUCUACCAGACCCUGGCCGGAGUCACGCACCUGGAGGAGUCUGACAUCAUUGACUUGGAGAAGCGCUACUGGCUGCUGAAGGCUCAGUCCAGAACCGGACGCUUCGACCUCGAGACCUUCGUCCCGCUGGUGUCUCCUCCCAUCCACGCCUCUCUGAGCGAAGGCUUGUUUCACGCCUUCGAUGAAAAUCGGGACAAUCACAUCGACUUCAAGGAGAUCUCCUGCGGCCUGUCGGCCUGCUGCCGGGGGCCGGUGGCCGAGAGGCAGAAAUUCUGCUUCAAGGUCUUCGACGUGGACCGAGAUGGAGUUCUGUCCCGAGACGAGCUGCACGAGAUGGUGGUGGCCCUGCUGGAGGUGUGGAAGGACAAUCGCACAGACACACUGCCUGAGCUGCACUGCAGCGUGUCGGACAUCGUGGAGGGAAUCCUGAAGAUGCACGACACCACCAAGCUGGGUCACCUGACCCUGGAGGACUACCAGAUCUGGAGCGUGAAGAGCGCCUUGGCCAACGAGUUCCUCAACCUGCUCUUCCAGGUGUGCCACAUCGUCCUGGGACUCCGCCCUGCCACCCCCGAGGAGGAGGGACAGAUCAUCAGAGGCUGGUUAGAGAGGGAGAGCAGACAUGGACUGCAGCAGGGACAGAACUGGUUCCUCAUCUCCAUGCUGUGGUGGCAGCAGUGGAAGGACUACGUCAAAUACGAGCAUAAAGGCAUCGUGGUGGAGCAGCCGUCCAUCCUGGGCUCGCUCAGGGCGCCCAUGGCGGCUGUGGAGCCGGCCCCCCCGGACAGGCUGGGGGUCCUGGGCGGCUUCGACCCCUCCAGCCCGGCCGAGGAGAGGUCGCCCGACGCCGUGUCCAGCGCCUCCGAGGCCACGGAGACCGCGGUCAGCCCGCAGGCCGCCCCCUCGGCCACAGAGAGCUGCUUUGCUCGUCAGCACAACGUCUCCGACAACAACAACCAGUGUUUCUCCGGAGCCAACGGACACCUGCCGUCGCAGCUGGCCGCUCAGAGGCCCGGCGCCAUCGACAACCAGCCGCUGGUCAACACCGAGCCCAUGAAGGCCCCCACGCUGACCAUGGAGGGCGGCCGGCUGAGGCGCUCGCUGCAGCCGGCGUCCAGCAGAGACUUCGAGACGGUGCCGGAGCCGGUGUGGCGGGCGCUCUACCACUGGUACGGCGCCAACCUCAGCCUGCCUCGACCGGUGAUCGUGGACAGUGUGACGGGGCAGGCGGAGCUGGAGCUCUUCCCCCGCUACCUGCUCUUCCUGCGGCAGCAGCCGGCCUCGCGCUCGCCUCAGUCCAACAUCUGGGUCAAUAUGGGUAUGACCAGCCUGCGAAUGCUCCCUCCACAUUUACCCCCGUCCAGAGCAGGGAACGUGCCGUCGCCCAACGCCCCCCUCAAGAGGAUGCUGGCCUACACCGGCUGCUUCAGCCGCAUGGCCACCAUCAAGGACAUCCACCUGUACCUGUCCCAGAGGCUGCGCAUCAAGGAGGAGGACAUGAGGCUGUGGCUGUACAACAGCGAGAACUACCUCACACUCCUGGAUGAUGAAGAUCACACCCUGGAGGGCCUGAAGAUCCUGGACGAGCAGCAGCUCGUCAUCGAAGUGAGGAACAAAGACAUGAGCUGGCCUGAGGAGAUGUCCUUCAUCGCUAACAGCAGCAAGAUGGACAGACACAAAGUUCCUACAGAGAAAGGAGCCACCGGUCUGAGUAACCUGGGCAACACCUGCUUCAUGAACUCCAGCAUCCAGUGUGUGAGCAACACCAAGCCCCUCACCGACUACUUCAUCUCAGGGAGACACCUCUACGAGCUCAACAGAACCAACCCCAUCGGGAUGAGGGGCCACAUGGCCAAGUGCUACGGCGACCUGGUGAUGGAGCUGUGGAGCGGCACGCAGAAGAACGUGGCUCCGCUCAAACUCCGGUGGACGAUAGCAAAGUACGCCCCGCGCUUCAACGGCUUCCAGCAGCAGGACUCUCAGGAGCUUCUGGCCUUCCUCCUGGACGGUCUUCACGAAGACCUGAACCGGGUCCACGAGAAGCCCUACGUAGAGCUGAAGGACAGCGACGGCCGGCCCGACUGGGAGGUGGCGUCAGAGGCCUGGGAGAACCACCUGCGCAGGAACCGGUCCAUCGUGGUGGACCUGUUCCACGGCCAGCUCAAGUCCCAGGUGAAGUGCAAGACCUGCGGACACAUCAGCGCCCGCUUCGACCCCUUCAACUUCCUGUCCCUGCCCCUGCCCAUGGACAGCUCCAUGCAUCUGGAGAUCACCGUCAUCAAGCUGGACGGCUCCACGCCGGUGCGCUUCGGCCUGAGGCUCAACAUGGACGAGAAGUACACGGGGCUGAAGAAGCAGCUGAGCGAGCUGUGCAGCCUGAAGCCGGAGCAGAUCCUGCUGGCCGAGGUCCACGCCUCCAACAUCAAGAACUUCCCUCAGGACAACCAGAAGGUCCGUCUGUCGGUCAACGGCUUCCUGUGUGCGUUCGAGGUUCCGGUGCCGGGCUCCCCCACCUCGCUGAGCUCCCCCACCCUGACAGACAUCACUCCCGUCGCCAACGGCUCGGCUGCCAACGGUCACCUGGGCAACGCCCCGGCCCUCAUCCCCAACGGCGGGCCCGGCGCCGCGGUGCCCGGCAGCCCGGAGGCGCCGCUCGCCAACGGGGUGGCCAACGGCCACGUGACGCCGCCGCAGGACAGCCCCUUCAUCGGCUACAUCAUCGCCAUGCACCGCAAGAUGAUGCGUACGGAGCUGUACUUCCUGUCCGCCCAGAAGAACCGGCCCAGCCUGUUCGGCAUGCCCCUCAUCGUCCCCUGCACCGUCCACACCAGCAAGAAGGACCUGUACGACGCCGUGUGGAUCCAGGUGUCCCGCCUGGCCAGCCCCCUGCCCCCCCAGGAGGCCAGCAACCACGCCCAGGACUGUGACGACAGCAUGGGCUACCAGUACCCCUUCACCCUGAGGGUGGUGGGCAAGGACGGCAACGCCUGCGCCUGGUGUCCCUGGUACAGGUUCUGCAGAGGCUGUACCAUAGAGUGUACAGAGGACAGGGCCUCUGUGGGGAACGCCUACAUCGCGGUGGACUGGGAUCCCACCGCCCUGCACCUCCGCUACCAGACGUCUCAGGAGAGGAUCGUGGAGGAGCACUGCAGCGUGGAGCAGUCCCGCCGGGCGCAGGCCGAGCCCAUCAGCCUGGACAGCUGCCUGCGGGCCUUCACGGGCGAGGAGGAGCUGGGCGAGGACGAGCUCUACUACUGCUCCAAGUGCCAGACCCACCGGCUGGCCACCAAGAAGCUGGACCUGUGGAGGCUGCCGCCCAUCCUGAUCGUCCACCUGAAGCGCUUCCAGUUCGUGAACGGCCGCUGGAUCAAGUCCCAGAAGAUCGUGAAGUUCCCGCGGGGCAGCUUCGACCCCAGCGCCUUCCUGGCGCCGCGCGACCUGGAGCAGUACCGCCUGCAGUCCCGCAGCGAGAGCGAGGACCUGCUGAGGGCGGGGGAAGACCACCUGUCCUCCGUCUCCGCCCCCGCUGGCUUCUGCAACCUCCCCAAAGCGUCCCCGGCCUCCGGCAGGAAGUCCGCUCCGUCUCUGAGUCGCACCAGCAGCCCGUCCGGCAGUCCGAAGGGGGGCGGCGGCCGCCGGCCGGGCCGGCUGCGCCUGCCCCAGCUGGGCAGCCGGCACCGCCUCUCCAACAGCAAGGAGAGCCUAGAGGGCAGCGAGGGCGAGGGCGGCGCGGCGGCCCCCGGCGCGCCCGGGGAGUCCGCGGCGUCGGAGUGGUCGUGCGGGUCGUCCGAGGCGUCCAGCAGCCACUGCGACGUGACGCUGCUGAACGGAGAGACCAACGGCCUGAGCUCAGACUGCAGCACGGAGAGCGGCGUGGAGCCCGACGGGCCGCCGCCGCCGCUCCACAGGGACAGCACGGCUCUGGACGCCAUCUACAACCUCUAUGCAAUAUCAUGCCAUUCAGGAAUCAUGGGAGGAGGCCACUACGUCACUUACGCCAGAAACCCCAACCACAAGUGGUACUGUUACAACGACAGCAGCUGCAAGGAGGUGCACUCUGAGGAGAUCGACACUGACUCCGCCUACAUCCUGUUCUACGAGCAGCAGGGCGUCGACUACUCCCAGUUCCUGCCAAAGAUCGACGGCAAAAAGAUGGCCGACACCAGUAGCAUGGACGAGGACUUCGAGUCCGACUACAAGAAGUACUGCGUCCUGCAGUGACGGCGCCGGCCAGCGGGGGGCGCUCCCUCUGACUGCUCAGAGACGCAUCGCAGCACUUUGUUCACGGCGGAACGUUCGCUACAGCCUCGCCUGUCCAGCUCUCCACCCUGCAGCCUGAGCCCCGAGGAACAACACACCUGAUCCUCCCCCUCCUCCUCCUCCUCCUCCUCCUCCUCCUCCCCCUCCUCCUCCUCCUCCUCCUCCUCCUCCUCCUCCUCUUCUUCCUCCU